AACCCACCGACUGACAAUUAGAUUUCUAUGGGAAGGCGCGGACACGAAGGUACACACAAGGUGCUUCUCACGAAUACGUAAAAUGCUUCGGCCUGAUAUUAUCUUCUGAAAUAGAAAGAUACACGCUAAAACGCCGAAUGAUUAAAUACGUUGUUUCGUAACCUCGGUAAAUUUUCGUCUCUGCCAUCCAUUGGUAGUAAACGCUCAUCGGGUUCCUGUGGUGCGGUUAUCAUAGACACAUACAUAGGCCGCAAAUUGGGUUUUGUUGCUGGGGAGGAGACCGUUUGUUGAACUCGCUGGUUUCUGCUAUGUGUUGCUUGGGCUUUGCUCAAGCAAUUGCAUAAGACAGUCAUUUAGCUAUGUUACAUCAUUUCUCCUGUCGGAUCUAAAGGGUGGAUUGAGGAAAAGCGUCUUUAAAGGAUGGAUCUGGAUCUGUGUGCUGGCGGGGACAGCACCCGAAGAAAGUUGGAUACAGCAGGCGAAGGGGCAGUGGAGGUGGUACCUUUGGAAAUGUACGACUCUGCCAGAGCCAAAAUAGACGCAAACCUUCGGUGGCUGUUCGCCAAAGCCUACGGCAUUGACCACAUCCCGGAGGACCUGCGGGACCCGUUCUACACAGACCAGUACGAGCAGGAGCACAUCAAGCCCCCGGUCCUCCACCUGCUGCUCUCCUGCGAGCUCUACUGUCGCGUGUGCGCCCUCAUCCUGAAGACGGACCAGGCCGCCUCGCUGCAGUCCCACAUGUCCGUCAUCCAGGCCCUGAGCCGCAAGGGCAUCUACGUCAUGGAGAGUGACGACGUCCCCGUGACGGACGCCGACCUCGCCUGCGUGCCUAUCAAAAUGAGCGCCCACAUGCCGAUGAUCGAUGCCCUUAUGAUGGCCUACACGGUGGAGAUGAUCAGCAUAGAAAAGGUUGUGGCCUGCGUCAAACGCUUCUCCACCUUCAGCGCUUCCAAGGAGCUGCCCUUUGACCUUGAGGACGCCAUGGUCUUCUGGAUCAACAAGGUUAAUCUGAAGAUGAGGGAGAUGGCAGAGAGAGAGCUCAAAGUCAAGCAGCACCCGCUGGAGUCCCCCAGUCACCAGAAGUCUCCCUCCAAAUGGUAUUGGAAACUAGUACCUUCUGACGUCAUGCUCACCCUGGCCCCCUGCAUGCUGGAGCCAGAGGAAUUGGAGCCCACUUUGGUGCGGUAUCGCAGGGAGCACAACACCGGGCGCCAGCUGCCUUUCUUCCCCGUGCUGGAGGACCUGAUGAGGGAUGUGUGUGACGGAGCCGCCCUCCUCACCGUGGUUCACUACUACUGCCCUGACCUCAUGAAGCUGGACGAUAUUUGCCUGAAGGAGGUGACCUCCAUAGCCGACAGCCUGUACAAUAUCCAGCUGCUCAAGGAGUUCGCCAACGAGUAUCUGAACAAGAGCUUUUACCUGACAAUGGAAGAUAUGCUCUACUCUCCUCUGGUGCUCAAGCACAAUGUGAUGGUGUUCAUCGCUGAGCUCUUCUGGUGGUUUGAGACGGUCAAGCCAGAGUUUGUCCAACCCAGGACAGAUGAGUUCAAAGACGCCCGAGCUAUGGCUCAGCCAAAGAGUGCCCGCCCCUCAGUGCCCAUCUCCAACGCCACCAAACGUAGCUUCCAGGUGACCCCUGGCAUGGCGGAGGCCUCUCUGUCGGUCUCUGCCCAGAGCAGUCCGGAUGUCUGCAACAGGUACUUUCUUCACCCUGCUGAAGACUGUGACCCUCUUAGUAAAGGAGGUCCUGCUGCGUCCUUCAGCCCGUCCCACCCGCUCCUACCCCUGAGACAGAGGCAGCAGAAGCAGCAGGGGGAGGAUGGAUCAGGCAUCAGGAACCGCUCCAACUCCUUGGAGAACCGACAGCCACGAGCUUCUGUGCAGGCCUGGCCUGACAAAAGACAAAGACCAAUGUCAACGCUCAACCCGUAUACGUUCGGCAUAUCGGCCACUGACAGCGAUGCCGACAUAGCCUCCGGUGACAGCGUGAGUCUGGCCCGCUCCAUCAGCAAAGACAGCCUGGCUUCUAACGUGGCCAACCUCACCCCCAAACAUCAGAGCCUCACUCCCCAGGGCCACACCCUGAUCGGCCCCGCGCAAGGCGUCCGCCCCCAAGUCGCCUCCGCGCCCCAACGGGUCAACGGCCACGGCCUGUUGGGAAACGUCGACCUGGAGGAGGAGGAGCUGGAGGCAGUGAUGAGGACUGAAGCGUCGCCUGCUCUGAACAACCCGCUGGAGGCCAGGCCCGCCGGGGCCAUGCCCAAGGAUAGUUUCUACUUGGAACCACUGAUGCCUGCUGUGUUAAAACCGGCCAAGGAGAAGUCCGUAUGCCUGAACAAGGAGGAGGAGAGCGGGGAGGCUGGGCGGUCGCGGGGAGGGGGGUCCCUCCGGAGAGCAGAGGGAGGACCUGCACUCGCAACAUCUGCCAGGAGGAAAACCCCCAACAGCCUAAAUCGGACGUAUACUCCCACCUCUAGUGGGGAGUUGGACAUGUCCACUGAGGCUUGGCUGGCCGGGCCACCCCAGGGACAAGGAUCCUUCAAGCCCCUUGUCACCAGCAGCGCAGAACCCCCCGGGGGAUUCUACCUCCACUCGGACAGUGAGGACCAGAAGCCCGGGCACGAGCUGGACCUGGACGAGGCCGAUGAGGAGGACCUGGACGAAGCCCUCACCACCAAAGACCCAACCAGGCCUAGGAAGUCCUUUGAGGACGAGGAGGAGGAAGAGUCAGCCAAGCUUCAGGAGGACCAGAAAGUGAAGGAGAAGGAGGACAAGGAUAAAGGGGACGACGGGGCCAGCGGUCGCUCCAGCCCCUGUCUCAGCACCCACUCUCAGGCCAGUAGCCUGGCCAGCGGCAGUGUGCGCAUGACCAGCUUUGCCGAGCGCAAAGCCCAGCAGCGUUUCGGCAGCAACCAGGACCUGCGAACCAGCGCCUCCAGCUCGCAGAGGACCACUCCGGACGGCUCUGAGUGCAGCGGGCCCCUGUCCCUGCCCACGUCCUGGAGGCUAAAGAGGGACCAGAGCCCCUGCUCCCCCCAGGGCGGCCGGGGGGACGGAGGGAACAACGUGCUGGCCUCUGAACUGGUCCAGCUCCAUAUGCAGCUGGAGGAGAAGAGGAAGGCCAUCGAGCACCAGAAGAAGAAAAUGGAGGUUCUGUCAGCCAGACAGAGGCAGAAGCUGGGCAAGGCUGCCUUUUUGCACAUUGUCAAGAAGGGCAAGAGUGACACCCUGCCCCACCUGCUCAAACCGGACCACUAUUCCAAAGAGGAGCUUAACGGGGACAAAGGCGGGAGCUCGAAAGACGACUCGUGCGUGGACAUGCUCAGGGCGGCCAAAGAGACAGACUCGUCCGCCUCGCCGGUCCCGGGUGCCUUUGAGGCAGUUGACCGGAAGGGCAGCCGUAGCCCAGGUCCUCUGCUCGAUGAAGAACUGGACCUGAACGAGUGCAACCGCUCCAUCGAGAUGCUGAACGACGCCAUUGGCAGCAUCCAGCAGCAGAUGAUGCAGCUCUCCCUCCAGCAGGAACAGCUGAUGAAACAGAAUGUACAGUCCCCUCCCGGCGUCCUGUCCCCGUCCUUGACCAAUGACAAACCCGCCGUCUCUGAACCCAAGGCCCGGGCGGCGGUCCACUUUGUGGAGAUCGGAAGUGGCACGCCGGCAACGGGCACAGCGCCCACCAGGAAACCCCCCAAGCUGACGUCGGCCAGAGGCCCCAGGUCUAAGCCUUCGGAGCUGAAGCUGGCCAAGGAGCACGGGCGACAGGGCCUAGCCUCCAGCCGUGCUAUCACCCCCACUCACAGCCUGGAGACUCUGCCCCACCUGAGGCAGUUCCCUGGGGGCAGGUCCCCCAGGGCCGACCAGCCCGAUGCCAGCCCCAGAACCCCCCCCGCCAUCGGGGAGACGAACAGCGGGCAGGACAAACCUGGUCGUAGCGCCACCUUUAGGCUCCACGACGAGUCCAACCUGCGCGCUGUGGCCCGGAACGAACCGGUGACGAUCACCACCCCAGAAGUGUCCUUUGACGAGUGCCUGUCCAGUACCCCGAGGGAGGGGGAGCUGAACUCCUCAGACGGCUCGGGGAAGGAGAAUGUCCCCUCGGAGGAGGUUUCACGGAGCAAAGCCCCCCUGAUCGAGGUGGACUUGUCAGACCUGAAGGACCCAGAGGAGCUUGAGGGGGAGGGUCAGGAAAGCACCAUUGAGGGGGAUGACGGGGAACUGAAAUCUGGCCUGGGAUUCUUCUUUAAGGAUGAACAGAAGGCAGAGGAUGAGCUGGCUAAGAAGAGGGCAGCGUUUCUCGUAAGGCAGCAGAAAAAGGCUGAGGAGGCCCGCCUUCGCAAGCUACAGCUGGAGGCAGAGAGCGAACAGAAGCGGGAAGAGGCCAGGCAGAAGGCGGAAGAAGACCGGAUGAGGAAGGAGGAGGAGAAAGCUCGCAGGGAGUUGAUCAAAGAGCAGUACCUAAGGAGGAAGCAGCAGGAGCUGAUGGAGGAGCAGGGCCUCGGCAGCCCGGCCAAGCCCAAGACCCCGAAGACUAAGCCCAAGAAAGCCGUUCACCAGACCCACCGACCCAAGUCAGCGUUCAGCAGAGAGGAGUCCUCCAGCGACACCUUUUCCUCCAAGUGCUCUUCUUCCACACGUAAGAAGGACCUUCUGUUCAUGUUGCUAGCUGACAACCUGAGCAGUGCCCAGUCAGGCUCCAGCCUGUCCCUGGCCUCUGCCGCCACCACUGAGCCAGACAGCGUCAACUCUGGAGGGGCUGGAUCCCAACGAGGCGAAUCUGUGGAGUCGUUCCCGGGCCUGAGUCGGAAUGCCAGUCGCAACACGGAGCGAGACUGGGACAACGGGUCCACGGCGUCCUCCAUAACCUCUAUGGCAGAGUACACCGGUCCCAAACUGUUCAAGGAGCCCAGUUCAAAGUCCAACAAACCAAUCAUCUUCAACGCCAUCACCCACUGCUGCCUGGCUGGCAAGGUUAACGAAGCUCAGAAGAACACUCUUCUAGAGGAGCUGGAGAAGGUUGAAGCCCACCACCUGAUGAUCCUGUUCAGGGACGGAGGCUGCCAGUUCCGUGGUGUCUACUCCUACUUCCCCGACACCGAGGAGAUCCUCAAGCUCACCGGCACAGGGCCCAAGAGCAUCAGCAAGAAGAUGAUCGACAAGCUCUACAAGUACAGCUCGGACCGCAAGCAGUUUACGGUCAUCCCCGCCAAGACCGUGUCGGUUAGCAUCGACGCCAUCACCAUCCACAACCACCUGUGGCAGGCCAAGAGAACCACUAUGCCAAAGAAGGCUGGGAAAUAAUCCUGGAACUCACCAUGGGGGACCCCUCCUGGUAUCUCUUCCUCCCUGCUCUCCUGGAAAGACUGCAUUGAUGUCCACCGCCAAUAGGUCCAAUCUGUCUCUCGCCCUCUUCUCUCUCUGUCUCUUUCUCUCACUUUCUCUCGGUUUGUCUCUCUCUCUCUCUCUCUCUCUCUCUCUCUCUGUGUGUGUGUGUCUCUCCCUUUGUCUUAUAUGGGGGUCACAGAUGCUUGGAUGUAUACUGUACUGGUGGUUUCUAAGUAGGAUUGUCAUCCUAAUGAACCAAGAUGUGGCACCUUCUCUGCCCGGACCUCAAUGUGUUCAUUCACUCGGUUCUGUGUUUCUAAAGACUAAGAGAAGCAUGUGACGUUUCUUUUGUUCAUGUGGUGGGAUUUGUUUUUACUUGAAGUAUUUAUUGGUUUGGCACUGAAUGGUUGAGAGCUGGGCCGCAGCACACCCUACAACAGUCCAACGUUACAAGCCCCUCCCCUCUCUCGUUGGACUUCCUUUGAGAGGAGGGGUUACUACACUACGACCAAUGACUACCCAUUGUCUCAUGUUGCGGGGGCGGGCGGGUUUGUUCUCAAUCUCUCCAUUGCAGAUUCUGACCCAAGGGGAAAAGUUCACAUCCCUUCAGGCUUAAGGGACCGUUCUGCUGCAACAAAACAAUCUUCGGUAGAGACUAGAACUUUCUACCAGACAAGAAUUGCCAACUUUGCCUCCAGUUCUCCUGUCCAAUGUGCUGCUCGGUUCUGUUUCCUGUUUGUUACUGGGGUCCUCCCAGACCAUCCGCUGGCCUUUUUCACGCAUCAUAGUGGUAACGUCGACUGUCUGUUAAUCCAAACUUCAACUGCUUUUUAACGCUGAACGCCCGUCGUAGCACUGUCCGUCUGGUGUCUAUGGAAUUAUGAUGAUGGUCGUUUCAAACUACACGCCUUUAGCCCUUUUUAAACGAGGGGUCGAAGGUAGACAAUGAAUACUAGGUUUUGGUACUGUACAAAUUGUCAUGAUGCUUACUUUUAUUUUUGUUAUUGAGCAGUGUGGUUGGUUAGACUGUAAUCGGAAGCUGAUGUUAUGUGUUUUUCAUCAUAACAUGCGUGAGUAUCGGAUGUACAUUAGCUAGUUAGAGCUAGUCGUGUUUCUCCACUGGGACCGCAGUGUCCUGUGUAAAGGUGCACUCCACUCAUGAUCACGUUUCAAAGGCUUGUAUCAUGCAAUGUAACUACUCUCCUUCUAUUCCACGAGAGACCCACCAGUAGUGGGGUCAAUAAUUCCAUUUCAGUUCAGUUGAGCCCUAACCUGGUACCCCUCCCCCGAGAACUGCAUGCUCUUAUUCUGAAGAGUGUGCCGGUCUGGUUUUUACCAGUUUGAAUGACAGUAUUUAAUAUAUUCAUGAUGGGUUACUCUGUGGGACUGUGGUCUAAUUAUUUAACAACCAACCAACAAUUAAAGAACAUUCCUGAAAGGUGUCAACCAA